AACCAAAUCGCGAAGUUCCGCUAAAUUUAGCUGGGCGGGCGGAGAGCACCUCGGCGCGCGAGUCGACACUCGACUCGGAGCGCGACCUCGCUUUGUAUUUCGCGUCACACGGUUCAUUAUUGACAAUACAAAUGUUAAAAUCGUCAAUUUAUGUCGUACUUUGUUUAGAAUACCACAAUGGACACUAGAAAGUGGGUGGAAUAGUUAAAAGUUAUUCAAUAAUUGUUGGUGCUCACUAAAUCGCAGAGUUAAAACAUGUUCUAGUUUAAGAAUAGCGACCAUCGUGUACGUUACAGUCAUCUUCACGACAGAGUAGGUGAUGAACGGCGACGUAAAAGAAGAGGCACCGCGCCUUCGUCCACUAUCAGGAGGAAUUUGGACCCUCUUUUCCUGGUUGCGACGCUCAGAGCGCUCUUCAUCGGAAGAAAGCGUCACAAGUGUAGGAUCAGAUCGUACAACCAAUAGUUUUGACUUCUUAGCCCCAUUCCACUAUAAACACGCGACUUCACCUGUCGUUUUACCACAAAGUCCACUUACUGAAACGUACAAAAAAAGACUUCACGAAACAAAUAUUCGUAGACAAUUCGACCGAGAUCUCACUCUACGUCGCAAAUACGGCCUCUAUACAGAAGAAGGAUUGGGUUACGACGCCUUCAGUUUACCACCAGCACGAAAAAUAUUAAAAGAUUCGGCACAAGGUAGACAAAGACGUGCAACGAGCGAGAGUAUCAUACAACCACGGGCUGCUUAUGUGCCAGGAAAACGGCGUGCUCCUUUACCACCCACACUUGUUAUUUCAACCUCUCUACCUCGAACCUAUAAAAGAAAAAGGCCAGCACCUAAACCACCGGUAAAAUUAUCGGAAAAUAAUAAAGAAAACGUCAAAAUAAACAAAACAGUGCAAAUGAACUCAAAACCUGCAUUAGAUAAACAACUUUCGGAGAGUAAAAGUGUAGUAGAGAAAGAUUUAAAAAAGGGACAAUUAUAUAAAGAUGUAAAACUACGCACAGAGAAAAGUUUUCUUAAACAAAUUUUUGAUAAUAGGAAAAGAAAUUCAGCUAUUGAUACAAGUUAUAUUAAAGUACUUCCUAGCAUAAGUGAGUUAGAUAAACAAGCAGCUGAAAUAAUACAGACAAAUAAGUCUUUGUCUUCUGGAUCUGAACCAUUCACUAAGAAUAACUGGAUAUGUACCAAUUGUUUAAGAAAAUAUAACGCUUCUGUAAUUUUUUGUACGUUUUGUUCUAGUAGUAAAAAAAUAGAUAUAAAAGUGUCGGCGGAGGCAUUUAAUAUGUAUACGCAAACAGAAAAAGGUGUUUUCGAGCCGAAUAAAACUGACAUUGAUGAUAAGAAAAAGCUUAAAAAGAUGUUAAAAGAUAUGAAAGACUCUCUACCUAAAAGACCAAAGAAUAAUGAAGAAAAUUCCGUAGAUUUUAAACAUAAUAUGGCCUCAAAUGAAACACCAACUCUACGAAUAGGAAGUAAUAUUAAGUCAAACACAAAUGCAGCCAAUGACUCAAUAUUACAGAAAAAUCAAGGUGAAAGUAAGAUGAAAGUACAAAAUUCAAGAUAUAAUUUUUUAAUGUCUCAACCCUCAUCUUCGAAACUAAUUCCUUUUAAUAUAAAAUAUGAAAAUGAUUUUAAGGUUACAAACAACGAAUUACGCCAAGGAAUUAAAACAUGCAGUAGAAAUGACAUCUCGCAAUCAUCAUUUUCUAGUUCACCAAAAGAUUUAAUCACAAAGAAGUCAACGAAUCUCGUGGAAAAUAUAAAUCCCGAAAAAAAAUUAAAUCCAAAUAAUAUUGUUGUUUCUAAAGAUAAUAUGUUGAUUUCAGCAAAUCAAGCUAACAAAACAACUCAAGAUAACAAGUUAUCACAAUUAAUACCACCAGAAUCGAAGACACUUAAAAUUACGGAUUCAAAAAUCUCUCCUAAUGAUGUAAAUGAAAGUAACAAAAUAUGUGGAAUAAAUCAGUUUAAUAAUAAUAAAAUUGACCUAAAAGGUAAUGUCAUACCAGAAAAUACGAAAACUAACGAUAUUACGCAAAAAAAUACAAUUCCCUUACAUUUACCAUACGAACUUAAAGCGGUUAGUGAGAGGUUCGAUUUCGUAAAUAAGAAAAAAGCCGAGAAUGUGCGUUCAAAUGAUGUGGCUCCAUCGAGUACAUCACAAAAUGUGGAAAUUAAUGCGAUUGGACCAUCAAAAACUAGUAUGAAUGUGGACUUGCAUACACCUUUGAAAAUAUCAUCACUGUUAAAUCCUUCCAUCAAUCCGAAACAAAGUAAUCCAGACUAUAAGAUCAAAUUUUCUCAAAUAAACGACACAAAGAAAUUAGAGCUUAAAGAAGAACCGAAAAUGUGUGAGAGUAGCCAGAUAAUUUCGAAAGAGCAAUCUACUAAUUUAGGUUCAAGUUCAAUGCACAUAACUUCUUUAAAGAUGGAUAUCGCAAAGACUGAAGACAUAAACGAGAAAUUAAAACAAAAAGAUGCGUUGCAUCCUUUACCACAUAAUUCUAAUGCAUCAACUUCCGGUUUUAAUUUAGAUCAUCAUGCUCGACGUAGGGAUUUAAUAAAUCAACUUGAGCAAUCCAUAGCAAGAGGAGAUGAACAAGGAGCUGCUGAAGCUGCUGCUAGACUAGCUAAACUUAAAUUAUCAUGUUCUGUGCUAUCAUUCUCAUCACAGAUUGUCAGUGGACCUUUAAUAUCUCAAAAUAAGGUAGAAAACAGUGAUAUAGUGGUUGAUAAAAGAGUACUUCAGUCUAAUGAAAACCCAAAGAUAAGUGUUAAAACGGAAUUAAAAGAAGCAUUACAGAUUCAAGAAACGACAAAAUCAGCAACUAACGUAGUAUGUAAAGUAAAUAGAGGUACCGAAAAAGCUGAUAAGGACAAGGCAUUACCGUCGACGUCUAAGCUAAUUCUAGAUCUAAUUCCAAUCGAUGUUUGGAUUGAAGAUAAAGAGGCCACUAGAGGGCCUGUUCGUUUGACAGUAUCAAGGAAAGCAGUAUUGGGGGAAUUAAAACAAGAAGCAGAAAAGUCGUUGGGUUUACAAAUCCGUCUACAACGUUGGAUUAUUGGAAAAACUCUUUGUUCUAAUGAUAGUAUCUCACUGAUUACACUUGCGGGUCCUGAUCUCACCGCCCCGUUCUACUUGUGCUUAGUUGAUUUUGAUAUAAAUAAAGAUACCAUCCCUCAAAAUACAAGUGAAGUAGAAAAGAAUAAUAAAAAUGAAACAAAAGAGAAAAAACCUAACGGCGUUUAUACAGAACUGAUGAAGUUAGAACAACAAGCACUUGUUCCUAACUCUGAAGAAUUUGAAUGUGGAGUUUGUAUUGAACAAUGUGCCAUCGGUGCAGGCGUUGUUCUUCGUGAUUGUAUACAUGCUUUCUGCAGAGAAUGUCUCGCUGACGCUGUACGUCACUGUACGGAACCAAUAGUUUCAUGUCCAGCUAUUUCUUGUUCUGGCGCCUUGCAAGAACGUGAAAUACGCGCUAUACUUUCACCAGAAGAUUAUGAGAAAUGGUUAGCACGAAGUUUGGCGGUGGCUGAAAGCGGCACACGGAACACAUUUCACUGUCGUACAAAAGAUUGUACAGGCUGGGCCUUUUGCGAGCCUGGUGUUCAACGAUUCCCAUGUCCUGUCUGUAAACAUACAAAUUGUUUACCGUGUCAGGCUGUCCACGACGGUGAAACAUGUGUGCAAUACCAGCAGAAAUUGCGGGAAGCUGUAACAGCUGUUGAAGCUGAACAAACAGAUGCCGGAACUCAAGCCUUACUGAAAUCAUUAAUAGAUCGUGGUGAGGCACUCGAGUGUCCCGUGUGUAAGGCUAUAAUAACGAAAAAAUGGGGAUGUGAUUGGAUAAAGUGCUCUGCGUGUAAAACUGAGAUUUGUUGGGUUACUAAAGGUCGCAGAUGGGGCCCUGGUGGCAAGGGUGACACUACUGGAGGUUGUCGUUGUGGUGUUGAUGGAAAACGUUGCCAUCCAUCUUGUGGUUACUGCCAUUAAGUAAUUUGCCUAUUUCUUUGAAAAAUGAACAAAUUGUAUAACUAUAAAAAGUAGUAUGUUCAGUAUUGCGUAAAAAUACAAUACAAUACAAAUAGUCUUUAUUGUACAGUAUCAGAGAAGAUUUUUACAUUGAAAGAAAGAAAAUAUAGACAUGUACAAAAGGCGGUGUUAACGCUAAGAGUCAUCUCUUCCAGACAACCUCUAGCAUGAAAAGAUGAAAAGGACAUGACAAAGAAUUAGACAGCAUGGAGGUGUCAUAUAAACAUAAUAUAUAAAAAUACAUACAAAACAUUAUUUACACGCAAAAUAGGCGCACGAAGACGUCGAGUUGCGAAAACAGCCCAUGUUUAACAAUAACAAUACAUACAACAGAAGAGAGAAAAGAACGGCUAGUCACUGUCAUAUUAUACUGAAAUGAAUAAAUAUCAAAAUUAA